AUGACCUCCCAGGAGGGUGUGCUCCAUGUCUAUUACGAUCUCCUCCCAUUAUAUGGUGACUAUAUAGAUGCCUAUGACUCCAUCUAUAAGAUCAAAACACAUGAUGAAUCCGAGAUCCUCGAAAUUUUUCAGAAGAUCAAAAAUGUUUUGAUUGGAAAGUACAAAAUUCCAGUCAUGCAACUUCUGAAGGAUAUCGAUCAGGCUAGUAAGUACAGGCUCAAGUAUCUUAAAUCAUUAUGGGCUCUUUUCCGUAUGAUUUAUGAUGCAUAUCAUCCAAUUGAGAAAAUCGACAACUAUGUCGAGUCAUUCCCUAAAAUCAUCAACCACAACAUCCAAACUGGUAAGGAAAUAUCAUUCUCUCAGUGUCUUACCGAUGGAUUAGUUGAUGAAUUCUUAUAUGUCUAUGAAGAAGGAACAUUGUUAGAGGCUGUAAUGAAUGAUGACCUUGAUACAUUCAAAGAAAAGGUUCAAGCAUCAAAAUUUGAUGUCUCUCAAACAGUUUGGCAUCCAUUCGAAUUUGGUUUAAACGUCCUUGAGAUUUGCUCAUACUUUGGCUCAGAAAAGGUCUUCAAGUACAUUCGCUCAGAAUAUAACUCAAAGAUCUCACCAAAAUGCCUUGAGUUGUCCUUCAUUGAUGGAAAUUCCCAAAUUGUCAAAGAAUGCAUGGCAAAUCAGAAACCUACCAAUGAAUGUAUCUACAAUUCCUGUGCGGCUCACCAGAUGGACUUCAUGAUAUACUUUUUGAACAAUGAAGAUUACAAAAUUAUUCCAAGAACAUGCGCAAAGUUCAGGAACUUGCAAGCAUAUCUUCUCUGUAUUGACUUAAAUGAGAACAUCAACAAGAACCUUGAGUACUCACCACUGUUCCAUAUCCCACACAUCUGCGAAUUAUUAAUUCAGAAAGGAGCAAAUGUCAACGCGAAAGGUGAAGAUGGAAAGACCCCUCUCCACUACACAAUCGAAUACGAUAACGUUGAAUUUGCUUCCUUACUUAUCAGAAACAAAGCAGAGGUUGAUGCAAAGGAUAACUCUGGCUACACACCAUUGCAUAGAUGCGCAAUUUACAACAGUACAAAAAUUGCAAAAGUUUUAUUGGAAAAUGGUUGUAAAUAUGAUGAAAAAGUUAAGUACAAUGAAUACGCUCCAUUACAUUUAGCAGCUGAAUACUGCCAUCCUGAAAUAGCUUCUCUAUUAGUUAAAGCAGGUGCUGAUGUUUCAUCCGUUGAUUCCUGUGGUGAUACUCCUUUACAUAGAGCUGCAAUGUCGAAUUCAUUCGAAACUGCGAAGAUUUUAAUAGAAAAUGGAUGCUCAAUUGAUGCAAAAGAUUUCUACGAGUACACAGCAUUGCACAGAGCAGCCAUCUACAACAGUACAAAGACAGCUGAGAUCCUUAUCGAAUGCGGUUGCAACGUAGAUGCAAAGGACUCAAAUAACUGCACACCAUUGCAUAAAAGUGCUGAAUACAAUCAAUCAGAAAUUGGUCAACUCUUGAUCAGUAGAGGUGCUGACAUCAACGCUGUUAAUGGCAGUGAUGAAACACCUUUGAAUGUUGCCAUAUCUGAUGCAAAGCAUGGCAUGAUUCAGACUCUUAUCGAAAACGGAGCAGAUUUGAAUCUUGGAAAUAAAAUCAGUGAGCAUAGACUCAAGGUUGUUUUGGGUCACUGCAGCUUAGCAAUUCAGCAAAUUUUCUUCAGUAACAAUGCAGCGAAAUACCAGAUUUCUUCGUAA